ACGGCCAGCAGGGGCGCAGCGGAGCCGCUGGAGCGUCAACGGGCAGCGGACUGACGGAAGCGUUUUCUCCAUUCUGUUGUAUACUGUUUUUACCCGUUACUAACGACUUCAGUGCUCAUGGCAACAGCCCGGUUGGUGGAGGUGUAUUUGGACCUUCUGUCGCAGCCCUGCCGGGCGGUGCACAUCUUGCUCGGCUGCAACAAGAUCCCGCACACAGUCCGCACCGUGGCUCUGAGAAAAGGAGAGAACAGGACCCCACAGUUCACAAAGCUGAACCCCAUGCAGAAAGUUCCUGUUAUGGUGGACGACGGCUUCAUCCUCAGAGAGAGUGAUGCCAUCCUGAAGUACUUGGUCACCAAGUACAACAUCCCAGAGCACUGGUAUCCACGGCAACCAGAGAGACGAGCCAGAGUGGAUGAAUACACGGCCUGGCAUCACAGCAACACACGACCACACGCUGCUAAAGUCUUCAUACUGGAGGUGCUCGUCCCGGCUCAGACUGGCUCAAAGGUGGACGAGGGACGUUUGAUUCGUGCUCUCUCUCAGCUCGAUGACACUCUGGACAAACUGGAGUCCAUGUUUCUGGGCAGGCAGCCUUUCCUCUGUGGUGAUGACAUCACUGUGGCGGACCUGCUCGCCAUUUGCGAGCUCAUGCAGCCUUUGGGUGGAGGCCGAGACGUCCUGCAGCAGCGUCCCCAGCUGCAGCGUUGGAGGAGCAGAGUUCAGUCGGCUGUGGGCGAGUCGUUCGACCGAGCUCACGCUGUCCUGUACGGCCUCAGAGACCGACGCAAUGCCAAGCUGUGACAUCACCACAGAAGGACGGCCCACCAGAGCGAUGUCACACAGAGGCAGCCAAUCAUCAUCAUCAGUCCCCAGACACGAUGUAAUGAGGACGGUGAUGACAGGUGAUUGUUCAUGCGAAAACUUAAUCAGAUUCACAAACGUCAGCAGACAUUUUGAAUCACCGAUUGAUCUGAUUGAUUUGUUUCAAUUCUGAGACUGAAAGAUUUUCUAAUUAACGUGAUAUGUUCUCAGUCAGAAUGAGUCAGGCCAGUUUCUAAUGAGCACCAGCUGGUCUCAGAUCUGCAUUGUUUUGUCACUCUCUUUUCUGAAGACUUUAAAGCACUUACAAAGCACAAUAAAAAUUGUUUUUGUAAUGAAGAAGAGAAAUAAAGUUUGGAGAUUUUA